UCCAUCAUCGCAGUUACCCAACAAAGCCUGAGCUGGGUUCGAAUUUUUUUUUCCUUCUCUGCUUCUAUCUCUUCCUGUUUUCUAAUUGUUGCUACUGUGACAUUAGGUAAUGUAUAGAAAAUAAUUUACUUCCUAUUUCCGAGCCAGCCCGGGUUUCGUCUCUGCUAGAGCCUCCUCCUCUAGGUUGUGAGAAAUGGCGCUUUCCUCAGUUAGACACGGCGUUGACUCAAAGGCCAAGCCAGGGAAGCCAGCUCUUUUCUACGGUUUCUAAGGUGCAUUGAGCAUCUCGCUGCCCCGAGAUGCUGGCUGCGGAGGAGGAGCUGGUGGAGGUUGCUAAGACGCCUUCUCAGCAAAGAGGAACAGGUUUCUUACAGAGAGGUUGCUGGAUGAUGUGGGAUGGAGACCCCGCCUGCCAGGGACAAUCAUGCUCCCAGCCCCUCUGGGCCCCCCAGCAGGCAGGCCUCUCCUCGCCUGACCCUGGGCCCCAUCCUUCUGCCGCAGGAGCAGGGCCUGGCCCCCACUGUGUUCUUGAAGGCUCUGCCGCUCCCCCUGUAUCACACAGUGCCUCUGGGGGGCCUGCAGCCACGUGCUGCCCUGGCGCCUGGCGGCCUGGAUGGGGCCAGCCUGCCUUUCAUCCUCAGCCCCUUCCUGCAGCCCGAAGGGCCUGGUCCUGCCCAGGUGGCGAAGCCACCUGCCCCGGUGCUGACUUUGAACCUCGUCAGUGCUCUGCCUGUGCUGUCAUCGGGCUUGGGGCCCCCAGUAAGCAGCCCCAGCAAGGUGCGGAGUGCCGGCAGGUACCUGUGCCCGCACUGCGGCCGGGACUGCCUGAAGCCCAGUGUCCUGGAGAAGCACAUCCGGUCCCACACGGGUGAACGGCCCUUUCCCUGCGCCGUCUGUGGCAUUGCCUUCAAGACCCAGAGCAACCUGUACAAGCACAGGCGUACCCAGACGCAUCUCAACAACUCGCGGCGGUCCUCUGAGUCUGACAGGGGCAGUGCCAGCCUCCCGGACGAGCGAGAUGGGGCUGGAGAGACCCCCGGAGCAGACGACAUCGGGGACGGCCGGAGCCAGAGGCAGGGUGAUGGGGCAGCCGAGAGACCCCCUUCUCCUGGGCACUGCCCAGGGUCCACUGCCAAGAGUCUGGACAUGAAGCCAGAAGUUGUUCCCUGUGCAGGGCCCAUGUUUGCCGACAGAGAGGCCCCUUUGGACUCUGCCGGGCUGCAGCCUCAGAGGAAGCUGCUAGAGCAGAAGUCUCCGACGGCCAGCAAGCCGUGUCCUUUGCAGCGGCAGCAGGCUACAUCCUGGGAGAAGACCUGGGAGGCCAAGGGCUUGGAAGGCUGGCUUCAGAAGUGUGAGAGCUCAGACUCAGGCUACCUGUCCCGCUCGGACAGUGCGGAGCAGGCACCCGUGCCUGCCAGCCCCCUGCACAGCCUGUCGGAGCCCAGCACCCAGGGCGAGGGGGGCCUAGGGCCAGGUGAGCGGGCAGCUUCCCUGGAACUGGAGAAGAAGCGGCUGGAGGAGCGCAUCGCACGGCUCAUCUCGCAUAACCAGGCCGUGGUGGACGACCCGCAGCUGGACACGGUGCGGCCCCGCAAGAUGGUGCUGUCCAAACAGGGCAGCAUCGACCUGCCCGUGCCCUACACCUACAAGGACUCCUUCCACUUCGACAUGCGGGCCCUAGAGCCUGGCCGCAGGCGGUACGCUGCCCUCGGCCCGGCCCGGUCCACCUGCACACCUGCAGACAAGGCACGGCCCCUCUCCUUCCACUCCGUCCCCACCCAACUCUCCACCACCGCAGAGAGCAUGCCUGUCACCAGGAGCAACUCGCUGCCCUUCGUUGAGAGCACCCGCCCGUGGCAGGACCCCCAGGAGGCCUGCCCUCCGAGGCAGAGGCUGCUGAGCCCCCGGGCCGCCCCCGUUUUGUCAGCCGUCCUCAGCACUCACCCCCGGGCCCUGGUCCGGCAGGCUGCCGUGGAUGAUCUGUCUGGCACCCUUGCAGGGGAGAGCCCCAUCCCCGCAGACUCCCAGAAGACUCCUGCCGGGGAGGGGGUGGCCAGCAGGGGCAGGGCGGCUGGGAAGAGAGGCAGCCAGAGGAGGCUGAAGAUGUUCACCCAGGAGAAAUGGCAGGUAUACGGGGAUGAGACCUUCAAGAAAAUCUACCAGAAAGGCAAAGCCAGCACCCAUGGAGGCAAGAAGGCCGGGGAGCUGAGGGUGGACCCGCCUCCCCAGGAGACUAUGCAGGCAGGGAUCAUGAAGACCCCCAUCUGCGGGGAUGCGAGGACCCCCAUCUGCUGGGAUGUGACAACAACCAUCUGUGGGGACAAGAGGACCCCUAUCUGUGGGGAAGCAAGGAUUCCUGUCUGUGAGAACAUGAGGACCCCCAUCUGUGGGGACAUGAGGACUCCUGUCUGUGGGGAAGAAAGGACCCCUGUCUGUGGGGAUGUGAGGGCCCCCAUCUGUGGGGACAUGAGGUCCCCCACCUGUGGGGAUGCAAGGACCCCCAUCUGUGGGGAUGUGAGGACCCCCAUCUUCGGGGACGUGAGGACCCCUGUCUGUGGGGACUUGACCCCCAUCUGUGGGGACACAAGGAACCUUGCCUGUGGGGACGCAAGGACCCCUGCCUGCAGGGAUGUGAGGACUCCUGUCUCUGGGGAAGCGAGGACCCCUGUCUGUGGAGAUAUGAGGACCCCCAUCUGCAGGGACGUGAGGACCCCCAUCUGUGGGAAUGUUCUCUCUCCUGCACCUGUGUCUUCUGGGGCUGAGCUGGGGUUCUGGGGAGGCCGAGUGGCCCCAGAGCUCUCCCUGGUGGCUGAGCCCCCCAAGGCCAGAUCAGGAGACAGCGAUGAGCCUGGGGUAAAUGGGACCGUGGGACCCUCCACGCUCAGCUGCACAGAUGGCCCUCUUUUAGGUCCCAAGAGCCCUCAGCUUCCUCCAAACAGGAAGCUAGAGCCAGGAGGUGAGCUGUCCCUGGACCCUGGCCCCCUCAAAGGAGGAGACCCCGAUGCCCACAAGCAGGAAGGAGCCAGCUGCAGCAAUGGGGGAGAGGAGACCUUCCUGUGGGCCCAGGGCACCCCGAGGCCACCCAGCAGUCUUCCUGAGCAGGCCCCAACCAUGGGAGACAGGCUUCCCUCAGAAAGGAAGAAGCUGAAGGUGGAGGAGGUUGGGGGCCAGGGCCAGGCAGAGCCUCUGGGAACAGGAGGUGAGAGAGGAGAGACCACUGAGGGCCCCACACAGGCUGCCUCCCCGCCAGCCUGGGCUCAGGACAGUAAGCUUGGGGAGAAGCCAGAAGAGAGGCCCCUAAUCACUGACCGCAUGGGGGGUAGGAGCAACGUGCCCUCGGAGUCUAUUGGUGCCUCCUGGAGCUCUUCUUUGGCUGUCCUGAGGCAGGCCGGGCCCAGGAGCAAGAAGCCCCCAUUGCAUCCUGCAGCUCUGCCCCCCAGGAGUUACCCCCAGGCCCCAGACGGGAGCAGCUUCCAGCUGUCAGCCUUGCCUCUGGCUCCAGAUCAUGCCUUUACCCCAAAGUACCUGCUCAGGUUGCCUCAGGGAGAGAACAUCUCCAAGCUGCCAGGUGCGAGGGGGUGCGGGCAAGGCCAGGACCCUCUCUGCAGGAGGGGGUGGCCUGAGGAAUGGGCUCCCUUUGUGGAGUCAGGGUGGGGGACGGCCCUGUCCCCUGGGCCAGCCUCAGGCAGGACUCCAGAAGAGGCAGACAGCCUUGGCAAGGACCUGGACUGGCCCAGGGCAUGGGACGGGGUGGAAGAGAAGCAGACAGGAGAAGAGGGAGAGGACCGGUUGGAUAUGAGAUCCCUGGGACCCAGAGACCCGGCCUCUGUUACGUCCAUCCCCACACCUGGCUCCUUCCUGGCCCAGGACACAGAGCUCAAGGCUCCCACCAUUCCCUGUUUCUGCUCAGGCAGCACGUCAGUGAGGGCCAAACCCCCUGAGGGUGCCCCGAAUCCCUGGCCACCCGCCUGGGAGAAGGCAUCAGAAGGCCCUUCCUCAGGACCUCUGGCGCACCUCAGCCUCAGCCUUUCCUCUGAGCCUAGUUUCUUCCUCUCCGCCAUCAUGCAGCCCCCGAUCUGGCCCAAGCCGGCCUUGCCUCCCCACUCAGCACGCCCCAGGAGUUGUGGGGCUGAGGGCCCCUUCCCUUCCUUGAACGCUGAGCCGCGGCUGACAUGGUGCUGCUUGAGCCGCAGCCUCCCCCUGCCUGCCGAGCAGAAGGAGAAGACCUCCUCUGUGUACUCAUCGCUGCAUCUCGUUGGGGGUGGCCCCCAGGACGAGGGUCUGGAAGGAUGGAUCAGGACCAGCCGGGGAGACCCAGGGCCUGUGCAGAUGUCCAAGCUUCCCGGCCCAAAAGCCCCAGGAAUGACGUCCCAGGACUGGGUGUCUGAGCCUGAGCAGAAGAAAGGACUGCCUCGAAGGAGGGCGAAGAUGUCUCGUGGGAUCGGCAGGCAGAAAAAACUGAGGAUCAACCCCAAAAGGUACACAGGGGCGUUUUUGCAGAGCCGUGCUCAGCUGAGAGCCAGCAGACUGCGCAAACUACAUUGGGUGCCAAGAGGAGGCUGCCGCCCUCAUCCACUCAAGGCAUGGGACCCACGCAAGCCCCUCCAGCAGGCUUCUUCAGAAAUGGCAGGGAGAAGCCAGAAACACAGGACUGCAUUUAAGGUAAGACUUCCCGAUUUUUGCAUGAUGAUAAUGAAUUCACAGGAGCCUGGGUGGCGCAAGUGGUUUGUAAUUGGCUGCUAGUUUAAAAGUUGACACAUCGAGCCCACUCUGUGGCUCUGUGGAAGAAAGGCCUGGUGAACUGCUUUUGUAAAGAUUACAGCCAAGAAGACUCCAUGGGGCAGCUCUGUUCUGUAACACAUGGGGUACCCCGAGUCAGAACCGACUUGAUGGCAAGGCGUUUGGCUGUUUAUUGAUUUAUCUAGGAAUGAAUUCACGUUCAAGGACAUUCAGACACAGACACCACACACACAUACACACACACACACGCGCACACACACACAGUCCAGGCCCAAAUAUAGUCAGCUAGUUUGAGCCCUUUCAGCCGCCAUCUCUCCCCAUCACCUACCACCCCCACACCCAGGCCACUGGACCCAAAUGCAGAAAUCAUUGUGACCCCAGCCCUGUGGGUGGUGUUUGGGGAACAAGCCCUUCUUCUCCCUUCCCCCUGGAGAACAUGGGAGGGGACCCACUCUUAGUGCAGGUGCACCAGGAAGAUUUCCGGAGUGUGAAGUCGCACGGUGGCCAUGGGGCGCCUCCUCUCCUCUGCCCCAGAGACUCUGCUCCUCCCUCCAGACAAGGGUAUUCUCUGCUUGCCCCAGCUUUCCACCCACCCCGAGACCUAGCAGCCCUGGGGCUUCCAGGCUCCCCUGGGCUUCUCAUCUGUGUUUUGGGGGCACGUCUUCCAGGCUGGCUUCUCAUGUGUCCCUGGAACCCAGCAUUCUACUAUACCAGGAACAAGAAGAGCUGUGUGGGGUCUCCUCUCCUGCCCAGUGCCCUGCCCCUCCUGGUGACAUGCCCUCUGCCACCCACCCCAUGGACGUGUCUUCCCACCUACUCUUAGGACCCCAUUACUUGGGUGAAUUUGGUGCUCCUUAUGCAUUCACUCAGCCACUCGCUCACUCAGCAGCUAUUUCUGAGCCGACCCCGCACAGGACAGUGUGUCUAACGGGGCAAAUCAAGCACGUUUCAUGGCAUCUGCAUUGUCUCCUAAAACCCAGCCUUUAAUGCUCCUCCAAGUUUAAUAGAGAAAAACAACAACAGAAAUUACAUGCUGCAGUGGUUCCAAAAAACUCCAUGGAGGAGACGGCAGACAGCCAAAGACCGGUAGCUGUUUAUCUUCAUUCAAAUAGAUUAAGUAGAAUACGGUAUUGAUUUUUAUAAUUCCACACAUUAACGGUUCCAAAGAAAUUGGUUUUGCGUGUUUUAAUGUGAAAGCAAUUAUUUUCUUUUUAAAGUGCUUCCUGGGUCUGUAGAUUUUCUUUUUUCCCUUUUCACUCAGUCGAGUAGAAUCCUGCAAGCUGCUGGAUAGAAGGGGAAUGGCUUUUCACUUUUCACUUAUUAAUCUUCAUCUGCUUUACCUUCUAAAUAUUGUGUUGUGCUUAAUUUCAAUUAAUUUUGAUUCAUUUAAGUAACAUUGUGUUACAGAUUCAAUGUGGGUUGAGUAUAUAGGGUUUCUAAAAAUUAAAAGUGAGGAACCUUUUCCCAUUACUGAACAUUUUGAUCAAAGGCUCUGUAGAAGAGUCUCGAUCAAAACAGGGGAAACGCAGAACAGAAUUUUGAAAUCUCAUGGACUCCAGACUUUCUGGAGGCAUGGAGGCUGGAUGAACCCCCGAAACUAUUGCCUUGAGAUAAUCUUUAAACCUUCAACCAAAAAUAUCCUGUUAAAACUGAACAAUAGUUUAGCUUAACUAGUAAAAAAGGUCUGCCUUGAGCAUUAUGCUCUUUUAAGAACUGUCUGUAUGGGCUCAAACUGCAACAGCAACUUGGAAGAUUAGACAGGAACCUUGAGGGCAGUGAGUUUAUGUUAAGGGAGGAGGAGCAACUCAGAAGGGGAGGGUGAGAAAUGGGUGCACGACUAAAAGAAUAUAAUCAAUGUCCCUGAAUUGUACAUGUAGAAACGGUUGAAUUUGCCUAUGUUUUGCUGGGUAUAUUCUCAACGAGAACAAAAUAAAUAAAACUGUACCAUGGGAGUGGCGGGGUGGGGGGCUUUUGAAGUCAUUAUGCUUUAAAACUAAGGAAAGCCCCUUCACUGGGUUCACUCUGAAAGUCCCUGUGUGAAGGAGGAGGGUCUUCUCACUCUUGUUUGUUUUGUUUUGUUAUUCUGUUCAGUCUUUUCCCAUCUCGCCUUGGAUAUUCCACAACUGGCUUGGUAGAAUUAGCUUGGGCCCCGACAGCUUGAGGCUUUCAGUACUGCUGAGGACAGAGGGUGUAUUUCACUCCGUAAAUUUGAGGAGUCACCAGGCAGUCAUCUGGGUAGUUAGAUAAGGAAGAAAAUGAUGAUUCCCCUAUUAUUUUGCUUAGAAGAGUGAGAAGCCAGCUUCAUCAAUGUCAGUUGGAAAUGCUGUUUAUAGAAAAGACUGGCUUCUUUCAUCAAAGUCAUGAUUUAUGUCUCAUACGCAAACACGCUAGUUUUCCAGGGACUGGAAGUAGACAAGCAAGGUUUGGAUUUUAAGCCCGUCAUUACAUGACAUUAAAACCAAAAAAAAAAAACCUGUUGCCGUCAAGUUGAUUCUGACUCAUGCCUAACCCUAUAACUAAAAAAAAACCCAAACCCUAUGGCAUUAGGUAAAUUUUAAAUCCCACCUUUAAUCUGGGUAGAGGGUGAUGGGGUCAGCAGGUAUAUCCUCUGGGGCAUAUAAUCUCUAUAAGAGCCAGGCAGACCCUUUGGUAUGGACCACAGUUCUUGGCUGCGUGGAACUAAAACCAAUUCAAGAAGGCACAACCCAGCAUGUGUUUCUCACGCAAUGAAAAGCCCAGAGCCGGGCCAGGCUGAGCAUGGGGACCCAAGCAAUAUCACCAGGGCCUUGCUUGUCCCUCCUCACAUGUGAGUCUGCUUUCCUCUGUGUUGCCUUCGUCCCUGGGCAUGGGGUGGUCCUUAGUGGCCCCUGGCUUACACUCUACCCACUUGACAAUUGGUAGAAAGAGAGUUUCCUUUUCUUUUUUAUUUGGUGAAAGUAUACAUAGCCAAAGAUAGACCAGUUCAUCAAUUUCUACAUAUAUUAUUCAGUGACAUUGAUUGCCUUCUUCAAGUUGUACUACCAUUCUUGCUAUGCUUUUCCAAAUUGUUCCACCACCAUUUUCUUAAACUCACUGCCCCCCUCAGCUUUCUAUCCAGCCUUACCAGUUGCCAUUGUCAAUCUGACCUCAUAGAGAUAAAGAGCUUCCUUUUCUUAACAUUUCUAAUAAAAGCCUCAGGAUCGACUCUUAUUUAGUGAGGUUUGGGUCAUAUCCCUAACCAUGAACCUCUGCUUGGCCAGGCGGGUAGAACGUGCCCACUUCUGAGGAUGGAAGGCGAUGGUUACAAGUCAGCCAGCCCCAGCCUCUAUUCCAAAGGGAUGUUCCCUGAAGGAGAAUUGAGGUAGGGGGUGGCUGCUGAACAUAUAAAACAAGAGAUGUGUCUAGCCACUAACCCUUGAUUACUAAGUAGGUAAGACCAAAGACUAGCUGAGGGUCAGUAACUUACAUUCUAUAUGUUAUGUGCUACAAGAUAACAGUUGUAGCAGCAUUGUUGGUGCCCCACCCAGAUCUUCUUCACCAGGUUAGGACACCCAUCCCAUCUCCUAGCUGUUAAAGGUGUUGGCUGCUCACAACUCUUACCUAUUCUUUCUCCAAAAGAUUGCCCUUGGCUGAUUGGCACCACCUUGUCCUCUACCCGCCCCCCCCACACAUGCAUACGCAUACAUACACACACAUACACACACACAGUCUGACUGGUUGAUGUGGGGAUGUAAUAGCCCAGCCCAUUUGCCUCUGGGCGGGGAGAGAUUGUGUGCUGUAAUUCUCACUUCUGAGUUCUCUGUGGGCUAAGGCUAAGGCUAGAUUUCUCCAGAAACUGCAUCUUUAUCUAACUUUUUCCUGCUUCUGCCACUCCUGUUUCUCCCUGGAGCACUCCCCCAAUAAAUCACUUACACAGGAGCCCAAGACAGCAUAUAUCUAUACAUCAUGACGGGGUGGUACAAGUUAGCAGUCAGCUGCUAACCUUAAAGGUUGGCGGUUCAAACCUACCCAGUGAGAACUCUGCAGGAGAAAGGCCUGGCAAACUGCUGUAUAAAUAUUGUUGUUAGGUGCCAUCAAGUCAAUUUCGAUUCAUAGUGACUCCAUAUGACAGAGUAGAGCUGUUCCACUGGGUUUUCUAGGUCAGUGGUUCGAACCCACCAGCCGCUCCACAGGAGAAGGAUGUGGCAGUCUGCCUGCAUAGGGCACUAUGACUUGGAAUUGACUCAAUGGCAAUGGGUUUUAUAAUCAUUACUGGAGCAGAUCACCAGGCCUUUCUCCUGCAGAACCAUUUGAACCACCAGCCUUUAAGUUAGCAAUUGAGCUCUUAACUGUUGCAUUACCAGGGCUCCUUUCUGUAAAGGUUACAGCCAAGAAAACCCUAUGAAGCAGUUACACUAUGUAACACAUGGGGCUGCCAUGAGUUAGAAUCGACUCAAUGGCAAUGAGUUUGUUUGUUUGUUUUUUAAUCAUGUAUGACUCAAUCUAAAGCUGUUCCUUACUUUCUCAAUGUGAAGAUCAAAAAGGAUUGCGGGAAUAUAGAUGCAAAAAUUCUUAACAAAAUUCUAGCCAAUAGAAUUCAGCAUCAUAUAAAAAAACAAACAAACACCACAACCAAGGGGGAUUCAUACCAGGUAUGCAAGGAUGAUUCAACAUUAGAAAACCAGUCAAUGUAAUCCACCACAUGAAUAAAAGAAAAGAAUCACACGAUCAUCUCAAUUGAUGCAGAAGAGGCAUUUGAUAAAGUUCAACACCCAUUCCUAAUACAAGCUCUUAAUAAAAUAGGAAUAGAAGGGAAAUUCCUCAACAUAAUAAAGGGCAUCUAUACAAAAACCAACAGCCAACAUCAUUCUCAAUAGAGAGAGGCUGAAAACAUUUCCCCUGAGAAGAGGAACAAGACAAGGAUGCCCUUUAUCACCACUCCUAUUUAACAUUGUGCUGGAAGUCCUAUCUAGAGCAAUAAGGCAAGAAAAAGAAAUAAAGGGCAUCCUAAGUGGCAAAGAAGAAGUAAAACUAUCCCUAUUUGUGAAUGAUAUGAUACUAAACAUACAAACCCAAAAGACUCCACAGGAAAACUCCUGGAACAAUAGAAAGAUUCAGCAGAGUAGCAAGAUACAAGAUAAACAUAUAAAAGUCAGUUGGAUUCCUAUACACCAAAAAAGAGAACUAUGAAAAGGAAAUCAGGAAAGCAAUACCACUUAUAAUAGCCCAUUAAAAAAAAAUACAUUUAGGAAUAAAUUUAAACAGGGAUGUAAACACCUAUACAAAGAAAACUAUGAAACACUGCUGCAAGAAACCAAAAAAGAACUGCAUAAAUGGAAAACCAUACCAUGCUCAUGGAUAGGUAGAGUCAACAUCGUGAAAAUGUCAAUUCUACUCAAAGCUAUCUAUGAAUACAAUGCGAUUCUGAUCUAAAUACCAACAGCAUUAUUUAACAAGAUGGAAAAACAUUAACUUUAUAUAUAACUUAGUUAUGGUUUGUAUCCUAUUUAUGCCAUGUAUUAGGGCUUCUAGCAUUGACCCCAUUUUUUCCUUCCAUGACCUUUAGUUUUUGGUUUUAUAUUUAGAAUUAGUUUGUGUAUGAUGUGAGGCGGAAACCGCGGUGGCGUAGUGGUUAAGUGCUAGGGCUGUUAACCAAAAGGUCAGCAGUUCAAAUCCGCCAGGCACUCCUUGGAAACUCUAUGGGGCAGUUCUACUCUGUUCUAUAGGGUCGCUAUGAGUCAGAAUCGACUUGACGGCACUGGGUUUGGUAUUUUUUUUUUUUUUUUUGGAAAGGAAAGAGGUCCUAGAUAAGUAAAGCGUUAUUGAAGAAGAAGAACAAAGUAGGAGGCCUCACACUAUCUGGCCUCAGAACCUACUAUACAGCUACAGGAGUCAAAACAGCAUGGUACCGAUACAAUGACAGACAUAUUGACCAAUGGAACAGAAUUAAAAGCCAGACGUAAAUCCAUCCACCUACAUUUCACCUGAUCUUCGACAAAGGCUCAAAGUCCAUUAAAUGGGGAAAAGACUGUCUUUUUGACAAAUGUUGCUGGCAAAACUGGAUGUCCCUCUGUAAAAAAAUAAGACAGGAUCCAUGCCUCACAUCAUCCCAGUGCCAUCGAGUCGAUUCAGACUCAGAGUGACCCUAUAGGACAGAGUAGAACUGCCCCAUAGAGUUUCCAAGGAAUACCUGGUGGAUUUAAACUGCCGAAUCUUUGGUUAGCAGCUGUAGAACUUAACCACUACGCCACCAGGAUUUCCGCCUCACAUCAUACGCAACUAAUUCUAAAUAUAAAACCAAAAACUAAAGGUCAUGGAAGGAAAAAGUGGGUCAACGCUAGAAGCCCUAAUACAUGGCAUAAAUAGGAUACAAACCAUAACUAAGAAACACCAGAAGGUAAGCUAGAUAACUCGGAUCUUCUGAAAAUUAAACACUUAUGCUCAUCAAAAGACUUCACCAAAAGAGUGAAAAGAGAACCUACAAACUGGAAAAAAAAAAAAAAUUGUCUCUGACAUAUCUGACAAAAGUCUGAUCUCUAAAAUCUAUAGGAAAAUCUAACGCCUCUACAACAAAAAGACAAGUAAUCCUAUUAAAAAAUUGGCAAAGGAUAUGGACAGACACUUCACCAAAGAAGAUAUUCAGGCAUCUAACCGACACAGGAGGAAAUGUUCAAGAUCACUAGCCGUUAGAGAAAUGAAAAUGAAAACUGCCAUGAGAUACCAUCUCAUCCCGACAUUAUUGGCACAAUAAAAAAAAUAGAAAAUAACAAAUGUUGGAGAGGCUGUGGGGAGAUUGGAACUCUUCUGCACUGCUGGUGGGAAUGCAAAAUAGUACAACUGUUUUGGAAAAUGAUAUGGUCCUUCCUUAAAAAGCUAGAAAUAGAAAUACCAUACGAUUCAGAAAUCCCACUCCUAGGACUAUAUCCUAGAGAAAUAAGAGCUGUAACACAAAUGUCACACCCAUGUUCAUUGUAGCAUUAUUCACAAUAGCAAAAAGAUGGAAAUGACUACGUGUCCAUCAACAGAUGAAUGGAUAAAUUAUGUUACAUACACAUAGUGGAAUACUAUGCAACAAUAAACAUCUCACAACAUGAAUGAAUCUGGAGGGCAUGAUGCGGAGUGAAAUAAGUCAGUCACGAAAGGACAAAUACUGUAUGAGACCACUAUUAUAAAAACUCACAAAAAAGUUUACACUUGGAAAGAAACAAUAUUUGAUGGUUACGAGGGAAGAGAGGGAUGGGGAGGGAAAAACACUAACUAGACAAUAGAUGAGCGGUAACUUUGGUUAAGGGUAAGAUAGUACACCAUACUGGGGAAGGCAGCGCAACUUGACCAAAGUAAAGUCAUAGAAGCUUCAUAGACACACCCAAACUCCCUGAGGGCUAGGGACCAUAGUCUCAGGGGACUUCUAGCUCAAUUGGCAUAACCUAGUUUUUAAAGAAAGUGUUCUACAUCCUACUUUGGUGAGUAGCAUCUGGGGUCUGAAAAGCUUGUGAGUGGCCAUCUAAGAUACAUCUACUGGUCCCACCCAGUCUGGAGCAAGGCAGAAUGAAGAAAACCAAAGACACGAGGGGAAGAUUAGUCUAGAGGACUACUAGACCACAAGUACGACAGCCUCGACAAGUACCACUGAGUCCAGCACAACUAGAUGGUGCCCAGCCACCACCGACUACUUUGCCAGGGAUCACAAUAGAGGGUCCAGGACAGAACUGGAAAAAAAUGUAGAACAAAAUUCAAACUCACAGAAAAAGACCAGACUUACUGGUCUGACAGAAGCUGGAGAAACCCUGAGAGUAUGGCCCCCGGAAAUCCUUUUAACUCACUCCUGAGGUUCACCCUUCAGCCAAAGAUUAGGCAGACCUAUGUAACAAACAAUAACACAUGUAGUUCAACCAUGUGUAUGAGACUAAAUGGCCACACCAGCCCAGGGGCAAGGACAAGAAGGCUGGAGGGGGACAGGGAAGCUGUACAAAUGGAAAUGGGGAACCCAAGUUUGAGAAGGGGAGAGUGUUGACAUGUCACAGGGUUGGCAACCAAUGUCACAAAACAAUAUGUGUAUUAAUUGUUUAAUGAGACACUAAUUUGCACUGUCAACCUUCACCUAAAGCACAAUUAAAAAAAAAAAAUGUUUUGGGACCCACCUGAAAGAUAAUGUAUAAAGAUAUAGGUGAGGUAGGCACAUUUGUACCUCCAAUAUUUAAUUUAUGAAUCUAGUUGCAUACAUGUAUUUAAAUCACAUAUGAUAUGAAAUAUUAGUCUCGUGACAUUUUGUUUUCCGCUCACAUUUCAUGAAGCAGUGCUAUCUGAACUUGGAGUGUGCGCCUCAGAUAUCCGUGUCCUGGUCAUCUCUAGAAGUGAUCCAUUAAGUCUUAGAGGUAUUUGAUGGAGUUUUCUAGAGCAGAGGAUCUUCAUUUUCACCCCAGCUCUUUGAAGAUUAGUACUUUCAGACUCUGAGCAUAAUACCAUCAUGGCCGUUUAUCCAUGGCCAUGAACACACAGUCACACAACAUUAGGGCAACUGCUUUCAUUUCUCCUUUAGGUGCUUAUUUGUAGUUCCCACAAAAUAAGCAUGUUUUACUGCUUUUUAAGGCAAUCUUUAGGAGAUUUGUUUGCAACGACAUUCAGUAAAAAAAAAAUAAGUCCAGGGAUAAUGACUAAAUUUGUGUUAACCACCCAUAACCUUUUGAAAGAAACCUGGUGGUGCAACCGUUAAGCAUGGAGCUGCUAAACGAAAUGUUGGUGGUUCAAACCUACCCAGCAGCUCUUCGGGAGAAAGAACUGACGAUCUGCUUCUGUAAAGAUUACAGCCCAGGAAACUUCAUGGAGCAGUUCCAUUUUGUCCUACAGGGUUACUAUGAGUUGAAAUCGACUUGAUGGCAACGGGCUUAUUUUUUUUGGUUUUGGUCCUGCUUGACUUGAACCUGACACCCUGAAUGUAAUAUGACAUUUGGCUGGACCUGGAGAAGGAAUGCUUUCCUUAUUUUCAUGGGAGCGAAGGUAGAAAACGGCCCAACAUCUAAAUGAUGAACCAAUCAUAUGAGGGUCUUUAGGGGCAAAUGUAUUUUCCCACGCAUUACUUAAAAUAGACGUUCCUUCUAACCUUAUUAUAGAUACCUUUAUUCUCAAACUUCAUUACAUUAAUCAUUCUAUCACAUUAUAAUUUGCUUAUAAUGUCUUGUAUUAUUGAAUGAGGAUUGUAGUAGGAAUAAUCUUAAAAAAAAAAAAAAAUUUUUUUAACAUCAAUGGGGUGUCACUAUCCUGAGCCUUUUGCUAUGUCUUUGAACUUUCUAACAGAGACAAGUGCUAUUUGGACACCCACAUUGAAGGUGAGAAAGUAGGCAUAGAAAGGUGAAGUGAUUGACUGGGAUUACACAACAAUCAAGGACUAUAUACCUGGGCAGUCUGGCUCCAGAGCCCAGGUUAUUCAGUGCUGUGCUUCCCAAAGUAUAGGGUACUCACUACUGUGGUUUGUAAACAAAUACUUUGAAAGGAGUUUCAUCAUAAAAAAAAUAUGUACAUGUGAAUCAUCAUAAAUAUAUGUUGUUGUUUUUUGCCGUCGAGUUGAUUCCGACUCAUACCGACCCCAGGUGUGAUGGUUAUGAUUGUAUGUCAACUUGGCUGGCCCAUGAUUCUCAGUGUAUUGGCAGUCAUAUAAUGUCAUGAUCACAUUCCUCUUGAGAUUUGAUAUGUGAUCACACUCAUGACGGAAUCUGCUGUGUGUAGCCAAUCAGUUGAAAGGGAGUUUCCUUGGGUCUGUGGCCUGCACCCAAAUAUAAGUGGACGUUCUGGCAAGAUUCGAGGGGGCUUUUGCUUCUUCUGAAUCUUGCAGCUGGCUCCUGUUUGUCUGACCUCCGAUUCUUGGGACUUGAGCUAGAAGCUUGCUUGCAGGCUUGCCUGCUGAUCUUGGGAUUUGUUGAUCUUCACAGCCUGUGAGCAAGAGCUCUGCUCUCUGACCUGCUGAUCUUGGAUUCAACAGCCCCUGCAGCUAGGUGAAUCAGGAGAAGCCUCUAUCCUGAUCCACAGACUUGGAACGUUCCAGCCUCUACAACCUCCAUGAGCCAAUUCCUUGAUAUAAAUCUAUAUAUAUAUUUAUACUCUUUACUGGUUUCUCUUCUCUAGAGAACCCAGCCUAAGACACCAUGUGACAGAGUAGAACUCCAUAGCGUUUUCAAGGUGGUAAUCUUUAUGGGAGCAGAUUGCCAAGUCUUUCUCCCAUGGAGUCGCUGGGUAGAUUUGAACUGCCAACAUUUUAUUAGCAGCUGAACACUUAACCCUUUGUGCCACCAGGGCUCCUUGUAUACAUGCAUAGGGAUAUAUACACAUAUAUUCUUUACAAACCAAACCAGAAACCAAAUCCACUGCUGUGGAGUCGAUUCUGACUCAUAGCAACCCUAUAGGACAGAAUAGAAUUGCUGUAUAGGGUUUCUGAGGCUGUAAAUCUUUAUGGAAGCUGACUAUCACAUCUUUCUCCUACAGAGUGGCUGAUGGGUUCCAGUCACCGACCUUCUGGUGUGCAGCUGAGUGCUUCAACCAUUGCACCACCAGAGUGUGUGUGUAUAUAUACACACACACAUAUAUAUAUUUAUUACAGAGAAGUAGCCAACUUCUGUCAAACAUGUUUGUUGUAGUUGUUACUUACUGUUGAGUCAGCCCCAGAUCCACAGUCACCCCAUGCACAAUGGGAUCAGACUGUUGUGAUCCAUAGGGUUUUCAUUGAUUGAUUUUUUUGGAAGUAGAUCACCAAGCCUUUCUUCCUAGUCCCUCAGUCUGUUCAGCAUGAUAGCAACACACAAGCCUCCACUGACAGACAGGUGAUGGGAGCCCAUGAGGUGAUUGGCUGGGAACAGAACCCAGGCCUCCUGCCUGGAAGUCCAGAGUUCUACCACGAAACCCCUCCUGCCCCUAAACCUGUGCUUACCUGUGAUGUGAGUUAGCCCCCGCUGUGUAACAGAAGACCCCGAAACUCGCUGGCUCAAAACGAUAAGUAUUUCUUUUUGCUUGUGAGUCUUUAGGUCAGUAGGGUGGCUGAUCUCCCUGGGCUUGCUCCUGGUCCCUGGGUCCGUGGGGGGCAGUGCUGUCAGGGUGGCUGGGAACUGGCUGGUUUGAGAUGGCCUCACUCACAUGAUGGAAGUUGGUUGGCUGCCAGGAAGGCUGUUGUUGCUGUUGGGUGCCGUCCAGUCGAUUCCAACUCCCAGCUACCCCAUGUGACAGAGUAGAACUGCCCCAUCGACUUUCCAAGGCUGUAGUCUUUAUGGGAUCUAAUGACCAGGUCUUCUUCCCGUGGAGCCACUGGGUAAGUUUGAACUGCCAACCUUUCUGUUAGCAGCUGAGCACUUAAUUGUUGUGCCACCAGGGCUCCCGAUAGGGUUUUCUAGUCUGUAAUCAUUAUGGGAGCAGAUUGCCAGGUCUUUCUCCCACAGAGCCACUGGGUGGGUUCAAACUAUCAACCUUUAAGUUAGCAGCCAAGCGCUUAACCUUUGCACCUCCAGGACUCUUGUCAGGAGUAACGCGGGUGAAUAAAGGGUGCCUCCCAAACUUCCAUGAAGACUGGGCAUAUUUCCAAGAGAGGGAGCAAGCCUUCCGGAGACCUGAGCUUGGAACUGGCAUAGCAUCACUUCUGAUGUGUCCUAUUGGUCAAAGUGAGCUACAGGACCAGCCCAGACUCAAGGGAUGAGGACAGAGACCCCACCUCCUGAUGGGGGACCCUGCAAAGUUGCAUUGUAGAGGUUGUGGAAUCGAUUGACCACACCUUCUACUUAGGGCACAUGGGGCAAUAUGGGACCCAUUCACCAGGAAUUUUUAUUAUUAUUAUUAUGUUUUAGGUGAAUAUUUACAGUGAAAAUUAGUUUCUCUUUCAAAAAUUUAUUCCUGAGUUGUUUUGUGACAUUGGUUGUAAUCUCCACGGUGUGUCAACACUCCCCCCCUUUCCCUUUCCACCCCGGAUUCCCUGCAUCCAUUCAUCCAGGUUUCCUGUCCCUUUCUGCCUUCUCAUCUUUGCUUUUGGGCAGGUGUUGCCCAUUUGGUCUUCUAUACUUGAUUGAACAAAGAAGCACGUUCCUCAGAUGUGUUAUUGUUUGUUCUAUUGGCCCGUCUAAUCUUUUGAUGAAAGGUGGACUUAAGAAGUGGCUUCAGUUCUGAGUUAGCAGGGUGGCUGGGGACCAUAGUCUCGGGGGGGGUCCCUCCCCCUGUCAGACCAGUAAGUCUCACCAGGAACGUUUUUUUUUUUUUUUUGAAGUAGUAAACACAAAGUUUAUUACAAUUUAGGGACAUCUGUCAAUAGAACCAUCAUACUUAGAUUAUAUCAGAUAUUUGAGUUGGUUUAAAAAUAUCUUUUUUACCAAUUGAGGUUGACGACAUGAGCUUUGAAACCUUUUGUUUGAGAUGAAAAUGAGCUCAGUUACUGAUUUGAAGUUGAAUUAGGGCAUAUUUACUUUCCAUUUCUUUUUACUCUGCCUGCCUCAGUGGACUCCUGUUCUAUGAGUUUGAAAAUCACCACAAAACCAAUAUUCAUUCAGUAUUCUCAUUAGAGCAAGAAUGAGUUUAGAAUAGUGUUCUCUCAUAGGAUGAAUGGAAUCCAGAUGGCAUAAUGGUUAGGAGCUCAGCUGCUAACCAAAAGAUUAGCGAUUCAAAUCCACCGGCCACUCUUUGAAAACUCUAUGGGGCAGUUCUACUCUGUCCUAUAGGGUCGCUAUGAGUCGGAACCAACUCAAUGGUAUCUUAACAACAACAACAACAUAGAAGGAAUAGAAGGAUUGUUAAGAUACUUGAAUUCAUCAUUAGCCUGGUACAGACAUGUGAAAUCGGCAUAGUACUGGAAUAUACUAGUAUAGAAUCUCUUGGUUAAAAAGUUGUCAUUGGCAUACCAUAUAUCGGGAUGCUACUCAUUCAUCUUUAUACAUCUACCUUUAUUCACCAAUAGAACACACAGCUAUUAGUUAAAUAUGAUUUAUUAAUAGAUGGGUAGGAUGUUGAAAAAUUAAAUAGGCUCACCAGGAACUUUUAAUAAACAAGUGCUUCAUUUUUCAUACAACAAAAGGUCGGAGGUGGAAGGCCUGGACUUGUGCAGCUGUUCACAGACCUCCCCAGAGGCCUCGGGCCCUUCGUGCCCUGCUGUCCCUGUGUCUCCAGCCCUGUGGGUAGAGCACUGCAUGCAGUGCCUCUUGACUUUGGGUUCAUGUUUCAGGCAGGAAAAAUGAGAAGGGCCCAAGGUUCUGAGGGUCUAGCAGCCCCUGCUUACAUCUCAUUGUCUAGAACUGGGUCAUAGGCCACCCCUGUCUGCAGGGAGCCUGGAAGAAGAGUAUUUUAGAGGUGCAAUAAACAUCACUGGGCUAUUGGUGGUUCAAAAUUCUCACCUUCCAUGCAGGAGUUACGGGUUUGACUCCCAGCCAGUGCGCCUAUCUGUCAGUGGUGGUUUGUAUGUUUGUAUGUUGCUGUGAUGCUGAGCAGGUUUCAGUGAAGCUUUCAGACUAAGAAGGACUAGGAAGAAAGGCCUGGCAAUCUAAUUCUGAAAAAAUCAGCCAACAAAACCCCACGAAUCACAAUGGCUCCAUCUGCAACUGAUCAUGGGGAUGGCGCACGCCUGGGCAGCGUUUCGUUCUGUUGUGUGUGAGGUCACCAUGAGUUGGGACUGACUGGGGGCAGCUGGAAACCCUGGUGGCAUAGUGGUUAAGAGCUAUGGCUGCUAACCAAAAGAUCGGCAGCUGGAAUUCACCAGGUGCACCUUAGAAACUCUAUGGGGCAGUUCUACUCUGUCCUAUAGGGUAGCUCUGAGUUGGAAUCGACUCAACGGCAACAGGUUUGGAUGGCAGAUAACAGGAACAAACACCAAUGGGGAGACAUUGAUAAGAAAGUAAGGGAGAGUGAUAGCAGAUAGAACCCUCCACAGUGUCUGCUCAGUGAGUGAUACCAGCUUCCCCCUUCACCCCUUUCUGUUGUGAAAAUAACCUUAUUUAAGUAAAAAAGACAGUUAAUUAAAAAUUUUUGUGUAAUUAAUAGUCCAGAUCAGAGGUUAGCAAGCUUCUGUAAAGGGCCAGAUAAUAAAUGUUUUCAGCUUGGUGGCCAUACAGUCUCUGUUACAAUUACUCAGCUCUGCCACUGUAGCUCAAGAACAGCCUCGAACAAUCUGUAAACAAAUGGGUGUGGCUCUGCUCCAAUAAUACUUUUUUUAGAAAAAUAGGCAGAGGGCCAAAUUUGGUCUGCAAGCUUAUAAUUUGCCAACCCCUGGUCCAGAUAAUUUGCAGAUAUCACAAAAUCAUGAAGGCUUAAUACUUGGCCAUUGGCAGACAUGGAAAAUCCAUGAAAGUUUUGUGGGAAUGAUGACCAAAAUUUAGGAAAUAGGCUAAAAGUUUAGAUGCUUACACUCUAAUAUUUCUCAUCACCCUGGAUUUUUUUUUUUUUUUUUUUUGGUAUUACCUGUGAUAAAGUCGUGCCUCUCUCCUGAAGACUGAAAGUAGCAGUGAAUUUAAAAAGAUAAACAAAGUUUCUUUCUCUCACAUUUAAUCAAUGGGCCUAGGAUGGCAGGUUCAUGGUGUGAUGGGGACCCAGGUUCCUUUAUCUUGUUGCUCUGUGGUCCAGGAUGGCUGCUGCAGCUCCUGCCAUUAGGUUUGCAUUCCAGCCAAUAAAAAACAGAGAAGAGGAAGGAGCAGCUACCCACUUUCCCUUUAAAGUCAUGCCCUACAAUUUGUAUAUAUCACAUCUCCUCAUGUCUCUUUCACCAGAACUUAGUUAUUUGGUUAUACUUGGCUGCAAGGGAAACCGGGAAACAUUUAUUUUUAGCAGAGUGGCAAUGUGCCUCAGCUAUAAAAAAACCAAACCAAACCCACUGUAGAUGAGUCGAUUCUGGCUCAUAGCAACACUAUAGGACAGGGUAGAACUGCCCAUAGGGUAUCCAAGAAGCACCUGGUGGAUUCGAACUGAUGACCAUUUGAUUAGCAGCCAUAGCUCUUAACCACUAUGCCACCAGGGUUUCCUUAAAAAAAAAAAAAAAAAAAAAAAGAA